AUGGGUUCCAUUGAUGAAGAAGAAAGCUCACUCCUUGAAGUUGAACAAUCUCUUUUACAGGAGGAAUUGAAAUUAUAUGCAGAAGAUGGCUCAGUAGACAUUAAUGGAAACUCACCAUUGAAGGAGAAAACUGGAAACUGGAAAGCUUGUCCAUUCAUUUUUGCAAACGAAUGCUGUGAACGUUUGGCUUAUUAUGGCAUUGCCAAGAAUCUAAUCACUUACUUCACUAAUGAAUUGCACGAGACCAAUGUUUCCGCGGCUAGACAUGUCAUGACAUGGCAAGGAACUUGUUAUAUCACUCCUCUUAUUGGAGCUUUAAUAGCUGAUGCUUAUUGGGAAAGAUAUUGGACUAUUGCUUGUUUCUCCGCGGUUUAUUUCAUCGGAAUGCUUGCAUUGACACUCUCAGCUUCAUUUCCGGGUUUAAAGCCAGCGGAAUGCAUUGGCAAUCUAUGUCCACCAGCAACAACGGUUCAACAAGCGGUCUUAUUUUCCGGACUUUACCUUAUCGCCAUUGGGACUGGAGGAAUCAAACCAUGUGUGUCUUCCUUUGGUGCUGAUCAGUUUGAUCAGACCGAUCCAAGCGAACGAGUUAGAAAAUCUUCUUUCUUUAAUUGGUUUUACUUCUCCAUUAACGUUGGUGCAUUUGUUUCAUCAACUCUUCUAGUGUGGGUUCAAGAGAAUUGCGGUUGGGAAUUAGGAUUCAUGAUACCAACCGUGUUCAUGGGACUUGCUACUGUGAGUUUCUUCUUUGGUACUCCGCUUUAUCGGUUUCAGAAACCGAGAGGUAGUCCCAUUACUAGAGUUUGCCAAGUUCUUGUAGCCGCGUACCGUAAAAUGAACCUCAAGAUCCCUGAAGAAAACCGGACAUUUUUGUUCGAAACAUUGGAUUACCYYAAGAUUGACCAUACASACYGUUUCAAGAAAAUCUUUGCACUCUAA